ACCCACAUUAAGGGUUCCGACGCCCAUUUCCACCCUUUCAUAAGCAUGAGAAAAACUUGUUAGAGGCAUAAAGACCUUUGGAUCUCAUUCUUCUAUACAGUUUAAAUCAUCGACUCAUCACAAUGGCUAGCAACGAUAUGGACAUCGUGAAGAAAACAGAGCAGAUAAUGAAAGAUGUCAAUGCUAGAAUUGAAGCAACAGAGUUCAAUGACCAAUCUAUGGUUACAUUAAAAUCCUACAUUGUAGAGGCCAUUUCAAAGAUAUCUAUCGAAAACAGGAAAAAAACAACUAUUGGGAUUUUUGGGAUAUCAGGAGAAGGAAAGAGCACUCUAUUAAGUCCAAUCCUGGGUAAAGAGGAUCUACUUCCCUCUGGUAGUUUUGGUGCAUGUACAGCUGUUGUGUCUCAGGUGGAAGCAAAUCUGAGUGACUCCAACUACAUAGCAGAGAUCGAAUUCAUUUCUAAAGAGGAAUGGGAGAAAGAACCUCAAGAUCUUGUCAGUGUUUUGUCGGAUGACAGUGAGGACAGGGAUGAUGACAUGACGAAAAGUGCUAAAGAAAAGAUCACUGCACUGUAUGGAGAAGAUGCAGAUAAGAAAACAUUAGAAGAGCUCAAUAUCAUGGAUUUAUGUGUUAAAAUUGAUAAUCUUUUGACCAACAAUAACAUAACCAUCUCAAAAUUGAAUGUAAGUUUUAGAAAUCUAAGUAUGUAAAAUAUUUCUGAAUUU